GAAAAAGUUUCAACAACUUUAAAACAACAACAGCUACAACAGCAGCACCAAUAACCGACAUCUAUACAAAAGCAAAACACAAAAAAAGCAUCAACAUGUGUCUUUCACAACCGUUAAUGAAUGCGCUCGCAUUUAUUUGUUUGAGCGCACUGCUCUGGCAGCAUUGCUGUGCUGAUAUACCGGACAACAAUGUCAUCAAUAAUUUGUACGACAAUUUACUGCAACGUGAAUAUGCCGGUCCUGUAGUUUUUCCUAACCAUCAGGUCGAACGGAAAGCUCAACGUUCUCCUUCCCUGCGGCUGCGUUUUGGUCGCCGCAGCGAUCCGGAUAUGUAUUUGCCCGCCGAGAAACGUUGGUUUGGCGACGUCAAUCAAAAGCCAAUCCGUUCGCCUUCAUUGCGUUUGCGUUUCGGGCGUCGCAGCGACCCGAGCAUGCCAUUGCACAGCGAAUUAGAUGCUCUAAUGAACGAUUUGGCAAGUGUGAGCAACAAUGGUGGCAUUGCCGAUGCAGAGGAUGCAACUGCAUUUUUUGGCGAUGAAUAUCCAGAGGACAUUAUGGAGAGCGCUUUUGAGCGUGUUGUGCGUAAGCCACAACGUUUACGAUUCGGACGCAGCUUGCCGAGAAUACAGAACAAUGUUGAUGACGAAUUAGAGCAAACCCGCGAACAACGCCAACAAACAGAGGACUUUUUCAACUCGCUGCUGACUUCGGAAAAAUUACACAACAUGUUGCUCUCACUACGUCAAUUCGAUGGCGAACCUUUGGCUGCUGAUGAUAAUGAAUUCCAACGUGAAGUACGCAAACCAGCGCCACUCCGUCUGCGAUUUGGCCGUAGCACUGGCGGAAAUGCAGAAGCGCAAAAGAUAGUCACUGCACAAAAUGCAUUAGAUGCGAACAAAAGUGUAGCAGUUGUCGCACCGCCACAACAACACCAACAAGCACAAAAUAAAAAUUAAAUACAGCAAAGUAUGUAACCUACAAUCCACACAUAUGUACUUAGAACAAUUGGCAACCAAACAAGGAAGGCUAACUGCAGAUAGGCAAGGGCGUGAAAAAAGUGUUAAGAAAGAAAUUUUAUGGUGAGAACGUGCGAAGAUAAAUUUAAUUUUAAAUACAUACCCCCCGGAAAAAAUGCAAAAACUUGUCAUAAUCUAACCCUAUAAAUAUGCCCAUAAAAUUUAACGGUAAAAAAUAUUUAAACUUUAAGCUUUAAAAUUGACUUAUACUUAUAUGUAUGUACUUAUACAUUUUCAUUUGUUUCAAAGCUGUUGUGCAAUGCAGUCUACUCCAGGAAAAAAAUUUAAAAAUUAUUUUUUUUUAUCUCACA